CUACCUCCUUCUCGAUAAUCUACGUAGAAAAAUCUUAGGGAAAGAAUUACGAGGAUUAACCGCACUGCUAACACCCAGGCCCCAUACAUCGAUUAUAAAAAUCCUCGAGAUUCCUUCCGUAUAAAAUUCCCUUGAAUCGCUCUUAAACCCGAUCUUACUACUCUCCCUGUUACUCUUUUCUUUUCUUUCUUUUCUUUUUUACAAUCCGUUCCACAAAUAUCCAAAAUCUUCUUUACACGAUGGUAAAGGAAAGAGGCGGCCUUAACACAGCCAAGGGUGUCCUCGUAAGUAGUAAAGACACGAAAGAGACAGGCACGUGGAAGCCAGGACGCAUGCGUGUCGUGUUGCUCCUGCAGGAUUUCGCACGACAAGUCAGUCUGCAUCUGGACUCCGGCUCGCGUACAUUUUCCGGCUGUGCAUGUGAGUGACUGUAAACCAACGAUAUCCUGGUGGUGGACGACUAUGAGGGUAACCACGCUGAAUCAGCUGAUCUUGUGGAGCUCGUUGAUCGUCGUCGUUGGAGCCGUUCAUCGAUCAGAAGGACGGCAAUCGAGGAAUCUGGAGAUAUUGGGGCAAAUAUCGGGUCACCAUCACGGAACGCAGUAUGCAUCGAUGUCGGAGAAUUACAAGAACAACUCAGACCUGCCCAGGUUCGCUGAGGAAAUCCAGAACGUGACCGUGAGCAAAGGUCGAGAUGCUUUGUUAGCCUGUAUAGUGGACAAUCUACGAAACUUUAAAGUGGCAUGGGUGCGCGUCGAUACGCAGACUAUCUUAUCCAUCCACCAUAAUGUCAUCACGCAAAAUCCACGGAUCUCGUUGUCGUAUAACGAUCACCGUACAUGGUAUCUUCACAUAAAAAAAGUUGAAGAAGUGGAUCGUGGAUGGUACAUGUGUCAGGUGAACACAGACCCGAUGAGAAGUCGACAGGGUUAUUUGCAGGUUGUAGUGCCACCUUCCAUUAUCACGAAGGAAACGAGCACAGACAUGGUUGUCCGCGAAGGUUCAAACGUGACAUUGACAUGUAAAGCUUCAGGAUAUCCGGAACCUUACGUCAUGUGGCGCAGAGAGGAUGGGAAAAAUAUAAACUACAAUGGAGAGAGCGUGAAUGUCGUGGAUGGCGAGGUGUUGCACAUCGUGAAGAUAAGUCGAUUGCACAUGGGAGCAUACUUGUGCAUCGCUUCGAACGACGUUCCGCCGCGAGUUAGCCAACGCAUAUCUCUUCGCGUGCAAUUUCCUCCUAUGCUUUCGAUACCAAAUCAAUUAGAAGCGGCAUAUAUUGGACAAGAUGUCACGUUGGAAUGUCACACAGAAGCUUAUCCUACCUCGAUUAAUUAUUGGACGACCGAACGUGGCGAUAUGAUUGUCUCCGGCAAUUACCAUUCUAUUGCAGGCGAUAAAUAUGAGGCGGUGUCCACCGACAACGGGUACAACAAGUACAUGAUGCUGAAGAUUAGAAAUGUCGGCCCGAAGGAUUUUGGCUCGUACAAAUGCGUGGCCCAAAAUUCCCUCGGUGGAACUGACGGGGACAUUAAAUUAGAUGAGAUUCCAGCACCAUCUACGACGUCCACGACACCGCCACCCUAUCACGUGACUACAUCGAUGAAGAAGAACGGUAGAAACGGUAACAAGAAAUUACGACAACGACCUAUCGACUACGAGGUCGAGGAAUGGCGAAAUCCAGAUAUUUCCAACUGCUCAACGGCUCAACGAUUAAUUAACGACAGCUACGAAUCGAGAUACUCGAUUAUACUCGAUGUACAGAACUCCAAAGGCGAAUAUAUCACAAGAUCAGAAGGACUGAAAGGAGACCUCCCACUAUCUACGCUCGCCAUUCGGAAACGCAGCUCCGUCUAAGCAAUAAUUACCAGGAAAAUCAAGACGGAUACGCUUGCCAGGUAUAUCCACCGGUAUCCCAGUGGACCCGUCUUAAUUAUGGUAAGGCGAGCCGGACGGUAACGAAUGCACGGAUGAGAUCCGCCAAGCGUUUAUAGGCAAAGGUGGCGGUGGAACACUGUGCAAACUGCACACGAGGGGUACCCACUAAUAGGAAUUAGCACCAGUAGCACAAUACACUCUCUGGCGCGAUAUAGGCCAGGAUCAAUCAAAUCUCCAAUACCGUGGCGAGCUCCUCGAUGACUACGUUUACAAGGGAGACCGCGAGCUCAUCAAUCCGAGCCUGUUCCGAGCCGAGUCGAUAUUGGUUUCCUCGCUUGCAUUGUUAUCGUGCAUCCAUCCAGCCAACGUGCCACGACGUCUACGUCUACGGCAGGAGGACGAGGAGGACGUGUCGGCGGCCAAAGGUCUUGCACGGAGGAAGAGGAACCGGAACAGGGGACGUUGAAAGAGAAUCUACGAAAAGAUAUUGAAGCUUGGUAUCGCGAUGCGAGGAAAUAUACCGAAAGUCUUAUCAACCUUGUCCAUCUCGAACGGUCCCGUUACUUCUGGUAGAGCGGAGGGACAUUUAUUUGAACGAAACUUUUGCUCGUGAUCUUUUUAACCAUCGAUUUGAUUUAUCUGUGAUGCGUAGUUUUUUUUUUUUUU